AUGAUUACAUUAGCCAAGGAUGGGCACUUCACAAGAAGAGACAAGCAUUGGGUUUCAUUUACGAGAAGCAGAUUGUACAUGCCCUGUUCGCAGAAGUCCCGGACAGAUAUGGGGAGAGAAAUGGCGGAUACACCAGAAUUAUCAGAACUCUGCCGAGGCGUGGGGACAAUGCCCCCAUGGCAUACAUUGAACUCGUCUAAGUACUUUUCUCAGAAUGAAUGCCAAUCCUUGAUAUCGAAUCGAAAUAGGCCUGUGUGCACUUGA